AUGGACAUGCUCGAGGUGGAGGAUGCGGAGGGUGUGGGAGAUAUGACGCUGUUAAGAGAAGAUGGAAGCGAAGUGGAGUUUGACGCAGAAGAGGAGGAGCUGRAGAUGGAGAUGGAAGCGGCCGUGAAGCAGAGGCAGAAGAAAUGGAAAAUCAGUGGCGAUGAGAGACUGGCAGAGGAUAUACGAAGGGCUAUGGCUGAACCUCAGGCUGAGGUGCAAGACUUGGGUGAAAGUGAGGGAGAGGGAGAAGGAGAGUUUCGACGAACGCAUCCCAUCACACUCGCCAACCGAUUCCCUGCGCCCGUCGACAUUCCCCGUGCGACCUUCAUCGACCCCAUCUCGCUGCUCGUUGCGGAUCGAUCGGAACAUCUAUCAGAUGCCGCCCAUCGGAUCUUUGGGGGACCUGGCUUGCCUCAUUCCACUUCGACGCCGACGCGGGGAAAGCUGAUGCAGCAAAAGGCAAUCACACUGGAUGCUGCACAGACAAACAUGGCGGAGAUGGAUGGCGAUGUCUUCCUCUCCACGCUCAUGCCGGGAAUCUACGCCAGCGUGGCGAGCGUGCUGGUCGAGACUCGCAAACGCUUGGGCACGGCCUGGGCGGAAGAUCUAGUCCGCAAGGCGGAGAGGGGCGAGCUACGCAUUCUUGAUGCUGGAGGUGCGGGUGCUGGUGUCGUAGCUGUGCGGGAUAUGUUACGCGCUGAAUGGGAGCGCAUGCAUGAGUCCGACGUGGACGGUCUGGACUCGCCCAUGGCACUGGCGGAAGCCGAUGGCAAAGUCGGCGGCGAACAUCUAUCUGCUCCUCUCGGCUCCGCCACUGUCCUCGCUGCGAGCGAUGUACUACGACGGCGGGCGGCCAAACUGCUGGACAAUACAAGUUUCAUCCCUCGACUACCUGAUUACAUUCAUGCUGAGGAAGCCAAAGUCAAAGGCAAGUUCGAUAUCAUCAUCGCGCCACACACGCUUUGGCCACUACGUGAAGACUACGUCCGUAAACCUCAUGUUCAGAACCUCUGGCACUUGCUUCACUCCGACGGUGGGGUUCUCGUUCUGCUGGAGAAGGGUGUACCUCGUGGCUUCGAAAUGAUCGCCAGUGCUCGAGAUCUGCUGCUAGACAACCACAUAUCCUCUCCCGGCUMCACAGAGCGAUCCACCAACAUUGAAGAGCCAGGCACGACAGAAUAUGCCGACCUUCUCAUGCAGCCAAAGGAGACUGGUAUGAUUAUCGCUCCGUGCACCAAUCACACUGGAUGCCCAAUGUACACCCAAAAAGGCAUGGUGAAAGGUCGUCGUACCAUUUGUGCGUUUGAGCAGAGGUAUCAUCGCCCUGCUUUCUUGCAAAAGAUCUUUGGGUCCAAAGGGAAGAAUCAUGAGGAUGUUGAAUUCUCAUACCUGGCUGUCAUGAGAGGCAAAGAUCUCCGUGCACCCGAGACGUUGCCGCGACCCAUUGUACAAGGGGAGAGCUCUACUGUGGAGGCUUUUGAAGGUUUCGAAGACGAGCGUAGUAUUCCAAAUGGACUGGAACUUCCUCGUGCCGUCCUACCGCCCAUGAAACGAACCGGGCACGUCAUUCUAGAUCUCUGCACUCCCUCUGGAACUCUCGAACGCUGGACCGUUCCCCGCUCCUUCUCCAAGCAAGCUUUCCSCGACGCGAGAAAAAGUUCAUGGGGAGAUCUCUGGGCGCUCGGAGCCAAGACGAGGGUCGUGAGAGCCGAUCUCAAAGCCAAGGAUAACCCAAAAGUGGAAGCCAAGAAGGCGUUUGAUAAGGAGGCCAGGCUUGUGGAAAUGAAGGGUUUGAAUAAGAGAAUGGGCGGACUAGGGAAGACGCCUGUGCAUGUGGCUGGAGCGGGAGCGGAUGAGUAUGGGAGGGUUAUAGUUGAUGGAAAGCUUUUUGGGGGAAGUGAGGAGAGGAUGAGGGGGAGGAGGGUCAAGGGUAUUAGGGAUAAGAGGGAUAAGAAAGGGUUGGGGAACGGGAGGAGGCAGAGUGUUGAAUGA